AUGGAUCAAACGAACGUGGCCGGCUCCAACGCAGCUGCCAACAGGGCGGAAAGGUUUGAUGACGAGAAGCGCCGAAUCAUUGAGAGCUGCUUCAACAAAAAGGACACAGAUGGCUCGCUGCAAGAGACUUAUAUUACUCAUAUCCGCGUUACCGAGUUCUCUUCACAUUCGUCGAUGCCGCCUCCUCCUGAGGCUCGAGGUCAUAACGCUGAGAAACCCAGAGUAAUCGUCGUAGCGGUACGAAAAUCUGGACGAGUUCGGGUGCACAAAUCCAAAGAAAACAGCAGUGGAUCUUUCUCAAUUGGCAAAACAUGGAAUUUAGACGACCUCUCACACAUAGAGUCCUACACAGGCCCCAAGGUCCCCCCAAGUCUACGGGAUCGGGCUGGGGAAACCGGCUUCCUCGUCACGUUAGGAAAGCCUUAUUUUUGGCAAGCUCAGACUGAAAAAGAGAAGAAAUUCUUCAUUGCAAGUCUGAUCAAGAUUUAUGGCAAAUAUACAGGGGGCAGGUUGCCCGAAUUAUCGGGAUUCGACCAGAAGGAGUUGGAUCAAAUUCUAGGGGCUGGCAAACGACCAACGGGGGCCUCGCCUCGGCAACAAACGACCGAUUCAGCAGCCAGCCAGCAAAGUAUCACCGCAUCCUCAAGCGCCCCUAAAGCUAGCCCUGGAGAAAUUCCUCGACAUCCUAGGCCUUCCCCUCUUUCCCGACCUCCACCGAACGAUACCAUGUCUCCUGCGGGAAGUUUCGACUCUACUGCAUCUAGAGAGCGAUCAGUCCCCCGAUGGACGGCCCAGAACAACAGAAGCCAGGAUUCUAUUCCUAAUUCUGUUGCAACAAAGAGCGACGACGUAUCAAGCCUUCCUCCGCGGUCCCGUAGUGGCAUGGCCGGGCCAAGCGGCCUCAGUGGGCUAGGUGAACUUCGAAGUGUUCCAGAACCAACACACGAUCCUAUACCUGCAGCAAGUCGCCCACUGCAAGAGAGCAAGCCACCUCCUGAAAGAAGGCGUCCUCCUAUGGAUCCGUCAAGGCCGCAAGAUAGGGACUUGGUUCCUGCUCCGUUAAUGAGCUCAGCAGCUAAAAGAGAACCGGUGGUACCUCCACCUCGGAGUUCCGAUCGCGCUCCCCCCCAAGCAGUCCCAGCGGCGCUACAGCCAGGGGUGGCUUUUGGUAGGGCUCAUGAUGAAAGCCCGCUUCCCGUACCAGAUACUUCGGACGGCGUGCAACAAAAGCCAGGGAACGUUGGUAUUGACAGCGACACAAAAGUCUUACCUGCUGCCUCGCUAGUAGAUACAAAUAUCCCUGACCAACCAAGUGCAAACAAUGCCACAGCUCCUGAGAAGAUAGUAAGCGAGGAGGAGGCUCGGCCUGGUUUAGGCCCUAUGAUAAAAUCAAGAAAGUCUAUAGGAGAGGCUACAGAAGAGGAGUCUCGGCCUGGCUUAGGUCCUAUGAUAAAAGCCAAAAAAUCCAAAGGAGACGUUGCUGGUGCUUUCUGGAAGGCUGCAUCUGCUGCAAAUGCUUUUCGUCCUCGACCAGGAGGAGCCGGAGAACGUCUACGACAAAUUGCAGCCAAGGCAAGUGAAGGUCCUGACGGUAUCACUAGUGUCGUCCCUGCGCCACCUAGACCUGUAUCUCGCGAUACAAAUCUGCCGUCUCUUGAGCUUCCAAAGCCGCCAGCAGGAGACUUGCCAAUACCAGAGGUCAAAAUAUUAUCGGCAGAGUUAGAGAACCAAGCAACUUCACAAGAACUAACCAAGGAGGCCAACGAAGUUGAGAAAGACGCAACCAUUCCGAAAGAAGCCUCUCGUCACCCUGCGGUCGUUGGACAAGACGCCAGGUAUUUCCAGAAGCUGGGUGUUGAUCCGAACCUCCUUGAUGAUCGGGGUGAGGAAUUCGGCAAAUGGUUAGACUUCUUCGGCUGGGUUCCCGGUGAUCAAAUGCACUGUCUGAGCAUGGACGAUAUAAGCAACGACCUUGAGCGAGAAUUAAACACAGUUCAGGCGGGAGGCUGGCUGGCACGCUUCCGGGAAGAAGACGAAAGGGUGUACACUAUCAAGCGGGGAAUUGACCUCGCUAUGAGCGAAUGUGAAGAGUUGGAUAACUUGCUCACGCUAUAUUCCGUGGAAUUAUCGACCUUAUCAGAUGAUAUCGCCUAUAUCGAAGCCCAAGGCCAAGGUUUACAGGUACAAACAGCCAAUCAAAAAUUGUUAAGGAAAGAACUGGAGUCUCUCCUAGAAACAUGUGCUAUUACCUCCAACGAUCUACAGGCGCUCCAACAAGCGCCCCUGGACAAUCCUCGUGGCUUAGAGGAAGUCGAGCUCUCGCUUGUAACGCUCUUUAGAGCUAUGACGAAAAUCGACCCGUCUCUUGGAGUCGAUGACACUGCAAAGGCUAUGGACUCUGUCCUGGAUGCAGACAAUGCCUUGGGACUAAACACUAAUUACGGCGAGAUGAGGAUCGUGCAAGAAAAGAGAGAAAUGUAUCUGCAUGAGAGCAGGUACUUUAUGAAACGGCUACUGGACUUUAUGACCCUACAAUUCGGGGAAGCUUACGUUGAAACCAAGCGAGCGUUGGACGGUGCACUCUCCAAAAAGAUUGAUCCUGCGCAUCAUAGCGUUGGACGAGAUCUUUUGUGGAAGUAUAGCCCCUUGAUGCUCUACGCGAGAGAUGCAGAUCUAGAAAAUUGGAGCCAUCUUAUGCAGGUCUACCAAGACAAGAGCUCUCCCCUAUAUAAGCAUGAGUUUCAGCACGUCGUUGCGCUAUGGCGAAAAAAUGCAAGGAAACUUACUGGAGAAGAAGCAGAGAUCAUAUUCUCGUCCCAGGUUGAGAAACAACAAGAAGGCGUAGCUACAGCAGCUCGAAAACUGACAGUUAAGCGUAGCCAAACAUUGGCUAAAGCGUUACGCUCUCCUUUGGCGGAUGGCGGCAGUACCAAAGUGCACGUUGACAGGAAUGGCGCCGAUAACAGAAGCCUACCUUACGAAAUCUUCUCUGGCGUUCUGGAUGAUCUUUUGCCUCUGGUCGAAAUGGAACAAAAUUUCAUUGUUGAUUUCUUCCACGCAACGACGCUGGAACAAACAGACUUUCCUGAAGCUGUUGCGGCAUGUCCUCCCCAAGAUCGCCGCGGGGGCGAUUUAAGACGCCACAGGCUCAUGGAGCCUGACCGUGAGCUUGCCCGUCGCGUUACGCGAUCCAUGGAGACCAUUUUUGCGUUUCUCGAAGCGGAGUUGCGAAGGCUCAUGGAGUGGGCUAUUGCUCAAGAUCCGCUGCAAGGAGUUGGGGUGCUUGCUACACUCGAAAGGAGGCUGUCCGAAAUGGGGCAAUCUAAUCAGGAUUUCCUCAAUGCCCUUCUUCAGAAAUUACAUGUCUCACUGGAGGGACAAUUCAGAAAGUUUGUUGACGAACAGAUCCGCGCUAUUGAGGACACGAAGGUCAAGAUCAAGAAGCGCAAGGGCGUCAUUUCUUUCAUUCGAAUCUUUCCCGCAUUCAUGACCGCUGUAGAGAACAUGAUCGCCGGAGUUGAUCACAAUCAAAUUCUGCGGCGGACAGUUGAUCGGGAGUAUGAUCGCAUCUUGAAGACAAUGUUCGAGUCAUUAAUGGUUAUUGCACGCGAGCACCCUGCAGUCGGAGUUGCAGGCGGCACGGCUGAUCCGGAAGACAAGGAGGCUCUCAACUUUCACAUUCUAUUGAUUGAAAACAUGAAUCACUUUCUUGAAGAGACCGACACCCGCGGCCUAGAUGUCCUGGAAGGCUGGAAAACGCAAGCAAACACAGAAUAUCAUGAACACAUGGCAUUAUAUCUGAACACAGUAAUGCGCCGGCCUCUGGGGAGACUCCUGGAGCAAAUUGAAAAUAUCGAAGCGCAGCUGCAAACUGGCAAAUCGGCUAUGGCGAUUGCUCGACAACCUUCGAACAACAAAGCAGCGUUUAACAAGGUUCUAGGCUCCUAUGAUUCAAAGGAGGUGCGAAAGGGCAUUGAAACGCUACGGAAACGUGUAGAAAAACAUUUCGGCGAUGCAGAUGACCCAACUCUCAGCCGUGGUUUGGUUAUCAGGGUCUUAAAAGAAUGCGAGGAAUUCUAUGUUGGUGUUGAAAACAGGAUAGGUAGGAUCAUAACCGAUGUCUACAGCGGUGAGGUAAUCUUUGAAUGGCCAAGGGCCGACGUCAAGGCUGCCUUUCGGUAA